GGAAGGCGCUGUAAACAGGGAGCGAGUUUGCUGGAUUAGCGUUAUUGCUCGCUUUCUAGUUUACAGCAUUGCCGAUCAAUGAGUCGAUUGUGGUGACUGUGGACUCUUAUGGCAGAAUUGCAUAUAAUUGGACAAAUCAUCGGGGCCACCGGAUUCCCACAGAACAGCCUCUUCUGCAAAUGGGGUGUACACACAGGAGGAGCGUGGAGACUUCUUUCUGGUCUGAAGGAAGGCCAGACUCAAGUGGACAUGCCUCAAACAGGGGACAUGGCAUACUGGAGUCAUCCCAUUGAUUUGCACUACACUACUAAGGGCCUACAAGGAUGGCCAAAGCUUCAUCUCCAAGUGUGGCAUCAGGACUCUUUUGGCCGAUGCCAGCUGUAUGGCUAUGGUUAUAUCCACAUACCAUCAAGCCCAGGACAGCAUCGUCUGCAGUGCAUGACAUGGCGACCGCUGGGAUCCUGGCAGGAUCAACUUUCUGAGAUGUUUGUAGGAGGAGGUCCACAGCUGCGCUCGCCAGAUCUCAUUUACAGUGGUGCAGACCGAUACAGACUCCACACAGUUGGCAUGGGCACAGUUGAACUAGAGCUGUGCAUUUUUCUGCGCCACUUUGACCGAUAUGGUGUGGAAAGCUGAGAAUGGACUGCUGAUUGUCACACAUUUCAGAUCAGAGAUAUAUGGAGUGAAAAGAAGGUAAAAUAUUUUUUCAUAAUGAGCAGGAGGUAGUUCUGUAAGGUAUGUGUGAAUGUAAAACUGUUGAAUGUAGUAUGUUAUACAAGGAGUUGACUGAAAUGGUAAGUGAUUGAUUUAACUCUACAGACUUGGAUCUCAUGUGUUUGGAUCUCAAACAAUACUUUUUUGUUUCAGUUUGUGCAUUUUUUUGUACACUGUUUUAUAGAAUUGUAUUUUGUUUUGAUCCAAUUAAAUUUGGCAGUUUUUAAAUGUUUAUCAUUUCUGAAUUAAAUAUUUUUAAAUCAUUCAUCAAGGAUUGAUAUGAGAAAACCUUA